AUGGAUAUUGACUACUCAAACGAAUCUUCGAGCGAUGGUUUUGGAAGCAGUGGAUCGAGUUAUAGCGAAGAUAUGAACGUCGAAAGAGACGUAAACAUGAUUCAAUCUUACGUGUUUGAACCAAAUGGCUUCGUCCAAGUCUUCGUCAAUUCUGACAAAACCACCAGAUUUCAGGAGUCAGGACACGAACUGGUAAUUAUUUACUAAAUUUGCUUCUAUUAUUUAUGUUGUAGAUAUGUAGGUUAAGUUUUUUCAGCAACAUGCACAACUAUAUAUUAUUAUGGGCGGCAUUACUAUACAUUAUUAUUAUGUUUGUACUUCAAAUAAAGGUAAAAAAUGUAUUAAAAACUUUAUUAUGUAAUAUACUAAUAUUUACAUUGAAUUUCGUGGUUGAAGUUGAACCAACUAUUGCUAAAAAUCGUAAAUUCAACUGCAUGUAGGUGCCUUUGUACUCACUGCCAAAUAAUGGAUAGGGAAGAAGAAAGUAUUUGCUGCCAAGAGAUCCCAGCUUGUGUUUCUAUAAACCAAGAAGCAGCACAAAUUGAGGAGAUACCUGUCCCAGAAUGUAUUACUGAUAACCCUGCAUUUCAGUAUUUAUGUCUAAAUUAUUGGGUCUUACAGGUUGCUUGGAGCGAUUAUAGACAACAUUAUGGCAUAAAGGCACAUGAAGGGCCUGAGGAUAUAUUAGGCAAAGAGAUAAGGGUCUCCUUGCCAUCUUGGGCAGUUAGUUGUAUUUGUGCACACUUCCCACCACCAGGUUUAGAAGAGGACUUUGUUUUUGAGGGUUUUAAAUUUGCAGAUGA